AGUUAUUACUUUUUAUUCCUUCAAGAGACCCCCAGUCCACGACUACUGCGAGUCUUCCUUUUGCAGAUCCCGGUCAAUUCUUGAUCUUCUCGCCGGCGAAUUAACCAAAAUCACCACCUCCAUCAACAUUCAACGCUGUAAUCUUCCAACGACAAUAGGAAUGAUGGAUGGAGGUACACCUAAUUUCAAGACUUGGAAUAUAUUGUACCCUGUUUACAUAAAUUCAAAGAAGACUAUUGCUGAAGGUAGAAGAAUCUCCGCAGCAAAAGCAUGCGAAAACCCUACGUCUCUCGAAAUCGGCGAUUGCUGUGGUCACCUCAAAAUUCCUUUCGCUAUUGAGAUUGAUAAGGCAUAUCCAAGGGAUUUCAUGCAAGUAGGGAGGGUGAGGUUUUUGCUGAAGAGACCAGAUGGGAGUUUGCACAAUCCACUUGUUGCAUCCAAAAAACAGCUGAUGAUUCGUGUUGCUGAAUUGGUUCCUAGACACCCUGGUAGACUGAAGAAACAAGAGCCUGCAUCUACAUCAAAUGCUGUGCCUUCUAAAUCUGGAAAGGGUGGAAAAAAGAAGAGAUAGCUCUUAGCUUUUACCAUUUGCCAAUAUGUAGUUUUAAAAACCAGACAUUGUUGCUGCUUAUUGCUUAAUUGUGUGAAUCAUAAGAUUGUUUGUUAAGUUUUCUAGUGCUAUUUUCAGAUAAA